GAGAUUUCAAGAUUUCAGUUAAACUUGGACACUCCUACAGCUAAGGUCUGAGACAGCGAUCCAGAUAAAUCUGGAUUUUUUACUCCGAUCACAGAGUCGAGAAGUCUCAAGAGGAUUUUUUAUUCAAUCUUUUACAAGUUUUAAAAGAUGGCAGCUGCAGUUAUCCCUGAAAAACUUCAAUCUUUACGAGAGAGUUCUGUUGCACGGCGGAUAGAGGCGGAAAAACGGCGGAAUUUGCCGAGACAGCAGAGACAUCUGACGGGGAAACAGAAGCUUAGUAAAUACAGAAGGAAGUGUGCUAAUGCAAAGGAACGUGAGCGGAUGAUGAAAGUGAACGAAAUGUUUGAUAAACUGAAAACUAUAGUUCCCGAGGGAAUACAUAAUCCACACGAGGACAAGGAAACUAAGAUUACUACUCUUCGAUCCGCCAUUACUUAUAUUAGUGAACUACAGAAACUUCUUACUGAUUAUGAUUCUGGUUGUAUUGACCCGGCCCUGUAUCAGGAACAAGACAGUGAGAAAGAAAACAAAAAGAAACAGAAAAAGAAGCAGCAGAGUAUAUCCAAGAAGUCAAAGGUUCACUCACAAAAGAAGAAACAUUUAUCAGUGAGGCGUAAGACCGUCUUGAAACCGAAAUGGACAGAUUAUACUUCGGCUAAACUUAAACAAUCAUCAACAUCCUUGCAUGUACAAGCCGUACAACCAGUGCAUACUGUACAAGCAUCGUCUUGUGAUCUGGAAGACUAUGUACUGUACAGAGCAGAUCCAAAAGAUUCACUCCCUGUUGAAUACGUUGUUUAUCAAGCAGAGAGGGAGGAAGUAUAUGCCCCGGUGGAACCCCCUCAAGUUGCAGUAAUGAAUGAGGUUGAACCUGCUAAGGAUUAUGUGAUCUAUAGAAGUGAACCUGCACUGCAACCAAGUAAAGAUGUGAAUGUUAUUAGUCUUUAUAUAAGUUUAAUUGAUGGGAAAAGAUCUGGUGAUUAGCUGUUACUCUCCAGUUAAUCCUUGUGAUUCUACAUCCAGAAAUUUUAUAUAUUCAUCUGUAUCUAUGGUUAUGCAUUAUAUAUUAAUAAUCACAAAUAAAUUAUAUCUACGAGUUU